AUGAAAGAUAUUGGUGAUGGGUUGUUUUCUAUUUUUCUUGAUGAAUUCCGUGAUGUUUCAAUGAAGGAGCAGAUGUCAAUUGUUUUACGUUAUGUGAAUAAGAAAGGACAAGUAAUGGAACGUUUUAUCGGUGUUGAACGUGUGUCUAGUACUACAGCUCUCUCACUUAAGGAUGUCAUUGAACACUUAUUCUCUAGAUUUAACUUAAGUAUAUCUAGUUUAAGAGGUCAAGGCUACGAUGGGACAAGUAAUAUGCGAGGUGAAUAUAAUGGUCUUAAAGCACUUAUUUUGAAAGAGAAUCCGAGUGCUUUCUAUAUUCAUUGUUUUGCUCAUCAGCGGCAACUAGUUCUUGUAGCUGUGGCAAACAAACAUGCAGAGAUUGAAACCUUCUUUACUUUAGUGAAUAAAGUGGUGAAUGUUAUUGGAGGAUCGACUAAGCGGUGUGAUCUUCUUCGAGAGAAGAAGAGGCUUGAAGUUGUUGAAUCAUUGAAUCUGGGUGAAAUCUCAAGUGGAAAGGGACUUAAUCAAGAAACUAAUCUUAAGCGACCCGGCGAUACUCGUUGGGGCUCUCACUAUAGUUCUUUUUUUAGCUUGAUUCUCAUGUUUUCUGCUACAGUUGAUGUCAUUGAGAUGAUUGCCACUGAAGAAACUAGUUUUGGACAGAUAGGUGAAGCUCGUAUUCUGUUGGAAUCUAUGUUGACAUUUGAUUUUGUAUUCAGUUUGCAUCUCAUGAAAAAAGUAUUAAGUAUUUCAGAUGAGUUGUCAAAAUCAUUACAAAGAAGAGAUCAAGACAUUGUUAAUGCUAUGAAAUUGGUGAAAAUAUGUUGCUCAUGGCGUAACACUCAAGGAAUAACAAAUCUACAUCAUUUUCGUGCAGAUUUCUUCUAUGCUAUCAUCGAUAUGCAAAUUCAAGAGUUGAAUGAUCGUUUCUCUGAGGUAAAUAGUGACUUACUCUUUUGUAUUGCACGCUUAUGUCCGGAAAAUUCAUUUUUUGCUUUCAACAAGGACAAGUUACUUCAAUUGUGCGAAAAAGUUGGUAUUGACAAAAGAGAAAAAGAAAAAAAAGAGGUAUACUCAUUGGUUUACAGGCUUGUAACAUUGACGUUAAUUCUUCUAGUUGCUACUGCUAUAGUAGAGAGAGUAUUUUUUGCAAUAAAGAUUGUGAAGAAUCGACUACGUAAUCAGAUGGGAGACCAAUGGCUAUGUGACAGUUUAGUUCCAUAUAUUGAGAAUGAUGUAUUUGCCAAUAUUAAUAAAUUAGACGAUAUUUUCAGAGUAUGA